GCUUAAUCUAAUUUAUACGAGGGUUUUGAAUGUCAAGGUUCGUCACUGGAUAAGGGAGGUCGCUGCAAGGCGACCAUCGAGCGAAUUGAAACUGACAAACAAACAAAAAGUACGGCAAGUGUCAAACCACCGCAGAAAGAUGAUUGAUUACGUUAAUUAUAGUGGCCAAAAGUUGUGUCAAUAAAAUAUCCGAAUGUCUUCGAACUUGAAAAAGUCUCCUCGCUUCGAGGACCUGAUAUCAACUGAGGAUGACACCUUGGGCUCUUCCAUAAGUUUGAGCAUAGGGGAAAAUUCAAUUAGAGUUAAAGAGAAACCUAAGGUGAAUAAGGAACCAGUGCCGAGUGAGAAAAAUGAGAAAGAGAAAUGGUGGUUGAAAAAACCAGAUACCAGACUUGAGCUUUCUAAUGCCAUUCAGAUGGAAGCCAAAGUGAAGCAAACACCUUCUCCAUCGCCAGAUAUUAGCUCUUCGAUGAAGGAAUUUCUGGAGAAAGAAAGAAUGUGCAAAGCCAUACAUAAAAAUGAAAUUGAAACAAGGGACAGAGAUGAUACCUUGUGUGAUAUUUUGGCUUCUACAGCCUUUGACAAAUAUCCAUCCGAUUUUGAGAAUGCAACUGAUGAAGACAUAGGUAGUAUCUUAGAGGAGAUGAGUAAAAUAGCUGGAGCUCUUAGCCCAAAUUCUGCUCCAGAUCGCACAAAAUCUAGGAACUCUUCCAAAAAUCCUACAGAGGAAGAGAAGUCAGUAGAAGAGCUGUUAGAAGAGGCUGAGAAGCUUGUAAGGAAGAAUAGCACUAGUUUAUCUAAGAGCGGGUCGAAAACUGAUACUUUAGUACCUGAGAAUAUCCCUGAGGACGUCGAUGGACUUAACAGAGUUAGACAACUAGAGGCGGAUAUUUUUCAAAUGAUUGAGGAGGAGGUGCACAGAGAGACGGAGAAAAUCAAAAGGAGCCCAAAAAAUGAGAAGAAAAAGGAAGACAGUCCUGGAUUUGAUGUCUUAUAUGAGAAUGUGAACAGCUUAAGAGCUCCGAAAACGUUGGAGUUGCAAAGAAAGAAGUUCGAAGAACAGAAGGUGGAAGUAUCAAGUAGUUCCGACUUGGACGAUCCAAUCGAAAGGCAUUCAAAAUCUGAGGACCUGAAAAGUACCAGGAAGGUGGAAUCAGACAAGGAUAAUCUGCAGAAGGAGAUAAUCGACGUGGAUAAAGACUUUUUUGAAGAUUUACUAAAGAAAUCGAAGGAGAGAGCCGAAGGAGGCAUGUCGGGGAGCUCGAGUUUCGGACAAGAGGAUUUCUCGCAUUUUUUGAAGCUUUUACAGGGUCAGGCGGACAAGAAGGAACAGGACAAUCCUACAGAUACUUUGCAAACUGCUAAUGAGAAAGUAUCUGUUGAGGAGCAGAAUCUCGCGAACGACAAGAGUCCGGUAUUUCCUGAGAAGGAAAUUACGGACAUAUUACAAAAAGAACUACCUCAGACGGAAGAUUCAAAAACGGAACACGAAAUUGUAGAAACAGAUUCUAGCGCCAGUGGAGACGAACAGAAAUCGUCGCAAGAUAGCGACAAAAACGAAAUAAAGAUACCCGUUAAAAAAGAUCAGUUUGUAAAACAAAUUUCUGUAAUAAUGGAUGAUAAGAAAGAAGAGCUGUUCACUGUUGGUCUCACGCCGAGGUUGGGGUUGUUUGCGGAUGCAAUCCCCAAGUUAUUGGCUGAGAAGUCGGUAGAGAGUGUAAAGGAAUCGAAGACAGAAGUUGCAGAAGAUACGAAAAAGGUUCAAAAAACAUCGACGAGGUCUGAAAUUAAAAUCGAAGAAACAACUAGUCAGCGUAGCAACAUAGAACGAAAAUCCAAUCAACCAGCUAGUGCAUCAAGUAUUAAGCCACAGAAGAAAGAGAUUAGGUUUUCCAAAUCCAAAAGCUAUGAUCAGAUUUCCAAGCCACCGUUCAGAACUUCUCUAGAGAAUUUGAGAUCUGCCAAGCCAUUGGAUUUCUCAAAGAAACCUGCUCCUACUGCGGCCAGGAGAUCGCCAACUCUUAAACCAAAAUUACAAAUUACUGCGAAACGAAUUCCAAAAGCUCCUCCUAAGCCCAAGGUAUCUCCAAAAUCAAACAAGGACCCUGUUAAAACUGGUUCAAUGCUUUCUUUGCCUUCCACGUACAAAGGGUACCAGAAAUCACCGGAUAUUCAACCGAGGACUGCAAUGGCUGGCGGCGACAAUAGGAUGAGCAUGGUGAAACAGAAUUGGGAGAUGUUGUGUCGCGAAGAAAGACAUAAGAACGCUCUUUUGAAGCAGCAGUUGGAGUCCGAAGCGAAGAUGUACAAGAGCCAGAUGGACAGUAUGCGUAUAUCUUUCGAGGAGGAGCUGUUUGCUUUAAAGAAGCAGAAUAUAGUUUUAAAAGCGAAGGUGGACGAAUUUUCGUUGAGUGAAAGACGCCCAGAACCUCAACAUAGAAAGGACACGAAGAUUACACUGAUGGAAAAGGAGUUGGAGAAGCAGGAAAAAUUGAUUCACGGCUAUGAGACCGAAAAUAAGAAGUUGCUGCAAGACGCUAAGAGGUUGCAGGAGGAAAUGAAGCAAUUGCAGAAGCACAAGAGUACAGCACUAGAGUUGAACAAGACGCAACAGCUUGUAGACAGGGUUAAGGAUCUUGAAGAGGAAACUCUGAAGCUUAAUUUAGAACUUUCCGAGCUUCGCGAAAAGAAUGCAGAUUAUGGAUUAAAGAAUGAGGACUUGAAAGAACAGAAUAGUUUGUUGAAUGACGAGCUGGAGAUGUUCAAAGAUCAGCUGAGAACGAAGAACGACUUCAUCACUGAUAAACUGCAAGCUAUGACGUCGGUGGAGCUCCAGUUGAAGAGACAGGUAGAGGAUUUGUCGGUGAAACUAAGCUCCAAGACAGAACAGCUGCGAGUAGUGAAUCAGGAGUUCGACAAGCUCCAGCAGAAUGUGUUGCCACUGGAGAAGGAAUUGUUGGAGUUGAGGGUCAAGGAAGGCAUUUUGCAGGAGAAGCUGCAUGUGUCUAAGAAUCACGUGGAGCGUGAAAAGCAGCUGACGCAGAAGCUGAAGGAUCAGGUGAUCCUUGAUAGCAAGAAAAUCACGGACUUGAACAGGCAGGUGCGUGAAAUGGAGAGAAUACUUAAAAGAAAGAAUCCUGACUCGGUUUCUGCUCUUAUACUAACUGCAAAUUCAGAACAGGACAAGGUCGGAACUGAGAAGAUAAAAUUGUUGGAAGAUCGAAUAGCGUUCUUAGAAAAUGAGAUCAAGGUGAAGGAUGACAUGGCGCAACAGAAGCUCAUAGAAUUUCAGAAGAAAUUCGCCGACAUGAAGGAGAAGUAUACAACACAGUUAAUCGAGCUUGAAGGGAAGCUGUUGGAGGCUACUAUCAGAGAUCGUAAGAUCUACAAUGAUAUGUUCACUCAGACUGCAGUAAGAAGUGUAGAGAAUAAAAGUGUGGAAACUAUCAGGAGGGAAGAAAGAGCAGGAUCCUUUGAGAAAGAAGAGAAAAAGGAGCAAAAGACAUUGGUCAAAGUGAAUUUGAAGUCUCAGAAUCCUAAGGAAGACGCUCACCUCUUAGCCACUAUAAGAGGAUUAAAAUUAGAAUUGACAAACAAGGAUAAAACAGUUUCUAAGCUCACCAAAGAAUUCCAAGAGUUGCAGAAGACGAAUAGGAGGCUGCAGAAGGAGAGGGAGAAGUUGUUGAACGAUAGGAGAUCUAUCAAGACUAUCGACUUCGAGAAGAUGAACCGUGCUAUGGUAUCAUCUGACUCUAAGUUGUUAAGCCUGCGAUCUGCAGAGGGAAAUGAUCAGAACUCCAAUGUCUACCAAAACGGACAUAAUAACGAGACUCAACGGUUAACUUCGUCCGUGCAGAAACUAUACGAUCCUCUACAGUACACCGAGAAUGGAGACAAUACUCUGGUGAAGAGGCUCACUGAUGAGAACGACAUCUUGAAGGAGGAACUGAGCAAGAUGAAUAAAGACUUUAUGGCUCUCAAGAAGAAACGGCUGUACGAUUUAAAUCUUUUGCAGGAGGAACAUGAGCGUGAGAUGGCUGCUUUGCUGAAAGAUUAUAGUGUGAAAAUAGGAGACUCAGAAGUGGUAAAGUUACAGAGUCAGAUAAACACGCAGGUGGCUGUGAUUUCGCAUUUGAAGCAGCAAAUUGAGAAGCUGAGAGACUAUAAGGAACAAGUGGUUGUUUUGACGGCUGAGCGGGAGCACUUGGAGAACAAAGUAAAGAGUUUGAACGAGAAAGUCAAAUACUUAUCAACACCAGGCACGGAGCAGCUCCAGUUGUUACAAGAUAAGAUAACGAUUCUUCAGCAACGACACGAGAGUAGGGAGAUGACCUUGCAAGGUCUAGUUCGCGACCUGCUUCGAAAUCGAACGCAGUGCAGGGACUGCAAGAAUGAAAAGGGCAAAAAUCGACAGUUGUGUUACUUUAGGCAAGAGCUGGAUCAUAUCCUUGGAAUGCUCCAGGAGAUCACCAACGUUCAAUGAUUCAAUGGACUGCGUUAGAUCAGGGUCGCACCUGGUGCUCCCGUAAUGUUGAGGAAAAUGAUGGGUCUCCUGAAAGGAAAGACAUUUUCUCGAUUCGUUAUUGGGCAUUGUGAUAAUUUGUACUGUUACAGCGAGGAACCUAAGGUUUUGCUAGCAGACGUUAUCGUUAUAUUGUUAGGUACUUUGUAUAAACACAGGCGAGGUAUAAGAUAGCUCUAAUGUCCAGUACAGUACUUCUGUAACGUCCCUUAACUUUGGAGAGCCGAUAGAGAUAAAAACGCAAUGCUAAGGAGGAAAAAUGGUAUCUUUGUAUCACAUGGAAAGCUUUAAAAUUUCAUUCUCGUUAUUACAUCUAAUUAAAAUAGGAUUACUAUGUAUCAUUAAUAGUCAAACUUUGUCAGGAACAACAGAUGGCUAGUCAUACGAAAUCUGUCCUAUCGUAUGCCUCGUUUGUGAGGAGAAGAAUAAUGGGAUGCGCAGCCAAAAAGAUAGACCGAUGAUUUUUAUCGGACCUUUCAAGAUUGCGACCAUUUAACUGUUCAAGGUCAUUCUUGCAAUAUAUUUAGACAUUAUUAGCGUAUAAACCAGUGAAAUCAUAUCGAUCCUGGGAAAACUCGCGCGUAACGAUCGACUGGGAUCACUGCCAAAGAUAUUAAAAGUGGGAAAAGAACAAAAAAAUGGGAAACGAACAAAUGACGAUGUUACCGUUUUAUCGUAACUGCUCGUCGACAUUCCUUCUUGCCAUUGUGUGCGCGCAAAAACGCAUGGACUACGUCCGUAUUCGGAAGUGUAAUAAAACUACGAUAGUCGUUUAUCAAAUGGACAUAGAAAUAUUUUGAUCUAUAUUUACUGAAACAAAAAUGAACAGACUUUUUAUUUAUCUAAUGACUAGUGAGAUUAAAAAGACAUGUCGAACAGGACUGCUUCCGCGAUCGGAACAAAUAGCUUUAGUCUGGUACUUAAUCGCCGUGAAGAUUAUUUCACGAGUUCUCUAGCCGUACGGAGUAUACAGGGAGUCACAACCAUAAUUGUACACUGCAUAUGAAACUACGCUUCACAUGGUGGAAAGAAAUUAAAGAUGAUAUUAGAGAGAAAAAGCAUACACUUAAUGUAAUCUAUAUUUAUUCUGUAUUAACAUCAAGUGAAAUUAAUCUUUUUAGAAGUAUGACAGAAAUAAGUCAGCCUGAAAAGUAUCUCACACUUAAAAUCGUAUACGAAUAAAAAAAAUGUUUGAAAGUUUAUCUAAAUUAGAAAUUAGUGUACUUUGUAGAAUUUUGGCUGUGACUCACUGUAGUUGGAAGCUGGAUCAAAACAAGAUAUCUUCCAGAUUCGCGUAGAUCGUAGUUUUUUACAUGAGGCUUUUUUAGAUCACGCUGUAUAUUUAAGCGUUGUCUUUGAUUGUUUCGACGAUCGUAUUUAUUUUCUACUUAUACAGGGUGUCCUAAAGUAGACGUCAUUCGCGCGAUGCCCUCUGCGUUGGGGCACGUUGUGUAUCGCUCAUUAUUUCGCCAUCAACGAAGCCAUUUCUACACCCAGAGUCGUCCAAUCGUAUAUGUAUUUAGUACACUUUAAGGAUAAUCAUCAAUUAAACUGUAUUUGCACUCAUAAAGCACACGCAUAUCGCACAAAUCGACGUGUCUUCAGUGUAACAUUUUUCGAUGUUCUAUCUCUUGUUCUAUAGAUCUCAUCGUUGAUUAUAGAACAGUCUGUUGUUUUCUGUGUCACCUGGCACCUGUUUUUAUCGACUCAUUGUAAUCACUACACCGCAGACUAUACAGAUUUAACUUCAUCAAGACUGGAUGUUAUGUCAAAAUCACCACACCUUUUUUUAUAGUUAUUUUUAAGCUAAACCGCCGUGAUGUACAAACCACGAGAUUAAAACUUUAAUAAAUUAAUUUAAUUCUCUUUACCAUUUA